AUGAUUGGGAACACUGUGAAUUAUAAGCACGCUGCUUGGAAAUUUGGAGUCAUCAAAUAUCAGAAUGUACAUUUCCUCUGUGUAGUCAAACCAGCCUUCAAACUCUGUGAAAACAGCAUUGCAAACUACCAAGGGCUCAAAUUUGAGCAAUACAUGACCUCCGGAAUUAACGAAACGGUUCGUGGAAGCGAUCCAGAGCAAUAUUAUACCGAAAAAUUCUGA